GCAAUCCUUUCUCCAAGUCAGAUAUGUGUGCGCACAUGUUCUAUAUAUAGAAACAUCGUCAGUAACCUCUGCGAAAGUCAGCAUGCAUAUCGUUGAAUGAAUCGUACUGGUGAAAAUUUCUAAGGAAUUUUGCUAAAGGUCAAAUUACCGAAGAAGGACGACUUAUGCCGAGCGAUUACGAUCGCGAGAAGUCUGGCUGGAUUCUCUAUCCUGGUUAAAGUUAGUUCCUGGUUUCACAUCUGUCUCUUGCCAUAGGUUGCGAUUUUCUCGAGAAAGGAGAGAGAGCUGCCGUCGCGACGGGUUCUCUCCUCAAGUUACCAGGUGUUACGAAGAGUCGACCGAGCACCAAGAUGCAUCUUAUGGAACCGAGAUGCAUCGAAUCGCACUAGUUUAACGGUAGCAGAAGGAUGCGCCAUGUAUUCAAUGGGGUCUCCGGUUGGUCUAUUUUAUCAUUCGUCAAAGAAAUUUCAUGACCCCCGGGGAAAUCCUAUGGAGCUUAGAGUUCGCGGCAGUUCCGUUAGAUGGAGCGGAAGUCGGCGUCGGAAUUCAAUCGCAUUUCCGUCGAAUGGAUUUACGUGCACCGUUGCACGCUAUUCAGUGAGCCACCCAGUGAAGUCAGCUAGUCACCCAGUGACUGUACUGGAUUAUCCAGCCAACUGUCUCUGACAGCUCGUAUUCGGACAGGAAGUCGAAUGAGCUGUGGUAAAGCUACAAAUGGCAAAAGGCUUUGGUUAUAUGAAAAUGUAUCAGCUCUUACCUGGCAAAAUUUCUUUAGACCUCGAGGACAUCGUUGACGAGUAGAAAAAAACAUGCAGAUCCGGUAUUGUAUGGCUUUAUGUUAUAACUGUUUUGAGAGUAAUAUUCGCAUUCAUUAGUCGAAAUUUCGAGCCGGUCUUUGGCUCUGUGUGACCCGUGGAAUCUCUCGAGGCAACUACUUAUCAACGCCGAUGGUAUUUACGCAUAUUUUUGAAUACGAAAGCUAAUGGCAUUUUCAGUCCAACGGAACGUCAAAGGUCUUCCAUCUUUGUCAAUCUUUACGCAGAUCACCUUAUCUUUUGCUUUUCCCUCUCGCUAGUCCACUUCUACUUUAUUGAACACCUGACCGUCACAGUUUCUCUCGUUUAACCGAUAAAUUAGCAUCUAACAGCGUUAAUACGUCGAUUUACCUAAUUUCACAGAAAGUUCGACUUGUCAAGCUUAUUGCUAGUCGACGCCCGUCGUCGUCGCUUAUGCCGACGCAUCCGUAAUGUCUCUUCUGGAAUGCGACCAGAAUCUCUAGACGUUAACGAAUUUACUAGGGCCUCCUGUAGGGUCUAAAAAAUAUAUAUAUAUACACACCAUGAGGUUGUCGUCGUCAUCGAGAGUUGAGCUUCUCGUGAGCUUCCAGCUGGGUAACUUGCAUUGGAGCAUUCGUAGCUUGGUGGGGUACAGUGGGUUAAUUUUGGCACGUCCCACGCAAGCAUAACUAGCUCUUCCACGGGCACCGGCCAUUAUUCUAUUUCCAAAACGCUUUCGGCAGUCGACUCGGCUCAUUGUGGAUAUACAAUUUGGAAAAAGACGUUGUGCGAUCCGUCGAAGCUUUAAAAACCGCGAAUAAUAAUCCAAUGAGCGUGCAUCCUCUUCUUGAUCCUAAGGGACGUCCGGAAGUCCUGGACCUGGUGCUUUCCGGUUCAUCAGUGAACCGCGUGUCGCGCGUGAUAAAUUAAACGACCAGAGCGCCGCCACGAGUACGUUUCUCUAUGAUCGUCGACGUCGACGACGACGCGAAGGAAAACGUGAUCGUUUAAAAAAUACGUCGACGUUUAUACGCGAAUGACGUCUUUCUAACGUCACCAGGUGGACGUAGAAGAGUAAAUGUAAAGGCGAUAUACCUGGACGCGCGUAAACAUUUGACCUGACUGGGUGAACCGAGAUACGUGGAGUUCAGAGUCGUUUGCAUCGCGAGUGAAGAUCGAUAAAAUUUGUUAUUAAGGGUGACAGGAUGACACCUAGACUGGAGUUCGAACCUAAGGAGGAGCCCAAGGAACCGUCCAAGUGUAUGAGAUUUCUUUCUCUUCUAUGGAAAUUCUGCAGCUGUGUCUUCUCUCACGUUAUCCUGGUAUCCCUGGUGGUGGCCUACUGUCUCCUGGGGGCGUAUGCCUUUGCGACCCUCGAAGCCGAGCACGAGAGAGAGGUCAAACGUAGUAUCGAAAGUCUUCGCGGAAACAUGACAGAAGACUUAUGGAAGCUCACGAAUAAGGAUGUUAUCCUUGUAGACACGAACUGGACGGAUAGCGCUAUGAAGAUGUUGAAGAAUUUCGAGACGGACCUUCUGAAGAAGAUGAAGAAGGAGGGAUGGGAUGGCAGCGAGGACACGGACAACAUCCAAUGGACAUUCACUGGAGCACUCUUCUAUUCCAUAAUCGUCAUCACCACGAUUGGAUACGGGCAUAUCGCGCCGAAAACUCAGAGCGGAAAGGUCGUCACCAUUUUUUACGCUAUACUGGGCAUUCCCUUGAUGCUUCUGUGCUUAUCGAACAUCGGGGACAUCAUGGCGUCCAGUUUCAGAUUUCUCUACUGGAAAGUCUGUUGCUACGUAUGCACCAAGCCACCUCGUAGAAGACGUCCACGUAAUACUAGAGGAUAUAGUGUACGACAGGUUGGGAGAUACUCGAACAGGAAUCCAUCUUUGAGGAGAUCCGUACGUGCUAGUCAAAGGUCAGCUGACUCGGCCCUUGGUCUCUCCGAGAGUAUGACCAGGUCAUCCUAUUCGGAUACAGAGUGCAGGUAUCACAAUCCCGAGGGACCGGAAGUAUAUCGUCGCAGCGAGGCGUCCGGAGUACGACCUUCCACAAUGUCUAGGUAUUCAGACAUACCAGUAGCUUCUCCCAGGGUGAAAGGUGGCAGGAUGACCACAGGUACGGCUUCCCUGGACAGGAAAUUGAUUGUCACUCCAACUGAAGCCAAUAAAUUUCCGGUGCUGUUUAAUAAAUAUGCUUUGGAUCCCGAGGACGAGCCCAAGACUGAGUCCUCUAGAGGAACUAACGAACCGGUCGAAGCAGCCAGAGACGUAGAGAGAGGAAGAUCACUAGGUAGAAACACAGAUACGGGACCUGGUGCUGCUAGCAGAGUAUCGGGAUUAGGUACCCGCUCUCUUCCUAGGCAUCUGUCCGUAGUCAAUCCUCCUGGUAAUCAUCAUCAUCGUCAACGAUCUCAACCACCACCGGAAAUCCGGGAACCCGUCUUGGUUGAGAUGGAAUCGAUGAAGAGGCCUUCCAGGAUGCGUCGAGCGCAGAGUUAUUAUGGGAAAGCGGAUUCGAUGCGAUCAGGACCAGCACUGCCUCUGGCAGUCCCAGGUCGUCCCUACCGACGGGAAGCGCCAUCACCGAGGGUCAUGUCCCCCAUGGGCUUCGCAGUUCAUCGUCAGAUCUACGAAGAUGACUUUGACAUUGAUUACUAUGAUUAUUAUGUUGAGGAUAACGAGCGUGCCAUUGCGCAACGUAUCAAACCAGUACCCAUCUGGCUCUGCGUCUUCCUGGUGGUCAGCUACAUCUUCGGCGGGGCAUUUCUCUUCAGUGAAUGGGAAGACUGGAAUUUUCUCGACUCAGCCUACUUCUGCUUCAUCACACUGACUACUAUAGGCUUUGGUGACUUUGUGCCUGCGCACAGACUCCAUGCCGAGAAGAGUAUCGCACUCUGCUCUCUGUAUCUUCUCUUUGGAAUUGCACUGCUCGCGAUGAGCUUCAAUCUCGUCCAGGAGGAGGUCAUCAACAAUGUCAAGAGCGUUGCCAAGAGACUGGGAAUCAUCAAGAAUAACGAUGACGACGACGAGGACGAGGAAGAUUAACAAACAACAUCAAAGAAACUUUGUAAUAAAAUAAUCAUAUUAAA